UGGCUCCCACUUGCAGCCUCGGACGCGCGGCGAGGCGGCCGCCGCCGGAGGAGCCCCCGCCCCUGCGCGCCUCCCUCCCGGGAGCCCCUGCCUCCUUCGGUGCGCGCUGCUGCUCGCAGCCGCCGCGGCCGCCGAAGAGGAGCCCGGGGCCAGUCUGUCUCCAGGUCUGGCGGGGGGCCGGGCGGCGGCAGCGGCGGCGGGAGAUGCCCGGGUGGCCAGCGGAGGUCCAUGUGGCGCUCUAGGUGGGAUGCUGGCGUCCUGAAGGCGGAGGCCCUGGCCCUCCUCCCCUGCGGCCUGGGCAUGGCGUUCUCCCAGUCCCACGUGAUGGCCGCCCGGCGGCACCAGCACAGCCGGCUCAUCAUCGAGGUGGAUGAGUACAGCUCCAACCCUACCCAGGCCUUCACCUUCUACAACAUCAACCAGGGCCGCUUCCAGCCACCGCACGUGCAGAUGGUGGACCCGGUGCCUCACGAUGCCCCCAAACCUCCAGGCUACACUCGCUUCGUCUGCGUCUCUGACACCCACUCAAGGACAGACCCCAUCCAGAUGCCAUACGGCGACGUGCUGAUCCAUGCUGGGGACUUCACCGAGCUGGGGCUCCCGAGCGAGGUGAAGAAAUUCAACGAGUGGCUGGGCAGCCUGCCCUACGAGUAUAAGAUUGUGAUCGCAGGCAACCACGAGCUGACCUUUGACCAGGAGUUCAUGGCUGACCUCAUCAAGCAGGACUUUUACUACUUCCCAUCUGUGUCGAAGCUGAAGCCGGAGAACUAUGAGAAUGUGCAGUCGCUGCUGACCAACUGCAUCUACCUUCAGGACUCGGAGGUCACCGUGCGGGGCUUCCGGAUCUACGGCUCCCCAUGGCAGCCCUGGUUCUACGGCUGGGGCUUCAACCUCCCACGAGGCCAGGCCCUGCUGGAGAAAUGGAACCUCAUUCCCGAAGGCGUAGACAUCCUGAUAACCCACGGACCGCCACUGGGCUUCCUGGACUGGGUCCCCAAGAAGAUGCAGCGGGUGGGCUGUGUGGAGCUGCUCAACACGGUGCAGAGGCGCGUCCAGCCGCGGCUACACGUCUUUGGCCACAUCCACGAAGGGUAUGGUGUCAUGGCAGAUGGGACAACCACCUAUGUGAACGCGUCCGUAUGCACUGUGAACUACCAGCCCGUGAACCCGCCCAUAGUCAUCGACCUCCCCACACCCCGGAACUCCUGACUGCUCCCCGCUGCCCCAGCCCUGCCCACCCACGUCAGCUCCAUAGGCCUUGCCCGGCCACUGUUCCUUCCAUGCUGAGUCGCCUGGAUGACCCACCUGGCUGCAGGGACUGGCCUAGCAGGCAGGUCGGGGUCUUGGAACGACUCUUCAGCCUUCUGUCACCUGGAGUUGGGACCCUGCGCAUCCCCAUCAGGGGUUCUGUGCUCCUUACUUUUUCUGCGUGUACAUCCUGUGUGUACCUUGUUAAAGAACCUGCUAAGCUCAUGGCCCUGUCAUGUUUGGGAAAUGACUGAAUCUUCAUUCUUCUCACUUGGACGCCCUUCUGGUUUGGGAAGCUGCUGCUCUUGAAUGGGUUUUGGAAAUUACGCAAAAUCUCCCUCUGACCACGGAUCUGUGUGGCUGCACGCCCCAGGUUAGAGGUGGUGGGAAGACUCAUGGGCUGCACACAAGCAGUCCUUGCUCUCCCUCCAAGUGAGAGAGGAGACAGGCCCAAGGCGGAGGCCCUCCAGGGAGCAUUUAGGGACAUCUCAGGAAUUCAGACCACACCUGGCCAGGCCCACCGCAGUUUGCCUGGCAUUGUUCCCUUUUUCUUCCUGUAGGCAUUUCUGUUGACUUGAACAACGGCCUGAGUGUCCUAGGCAUUCACCCGGAGCCUGGAUCAUGGGGGCUGGUUCUAUGGGAUGAACUGCCAGUGUGCGUGCCCAGGACUAGCAAGAGGGUUCCCCAAGGGGGAACGACCCUUGGCCCCAGGGGGACCACGCUGCUCUGCAUGGUAUGAACCAUGGUAUGAACCCAUAUCCAGGAAUGCACUGACACACACGCACGCACGCACCCCUCUUAGUUUAACGAAGUAGGUCCUCUGUUUCUCCUUUCUGCCCCGCAGUGAGGGUCUGUUCCUUGGUGUGGUUUCCCUUGCACCAUUAGGUUUCUGUCUGGCAUACGCCUGCAGCUGAGGGAGUCUAAAAAUCCUGUUGUCCUUGGACCAGCCAGCCCUUUGAAUGGGAAGCUGUUUUCACCCCGCAUCUAUCCAUCCAUCACUCAUCCCUCCAUCCCUUCAUCCCUCCAUCCCUUCAUCCCUCCAUCCCUUCAUCCCUUCAUCCCUCCAUCCAUCCAUCCAUCCCUCUACCCCCAUUCAUCAUCCAUCCCCCAUACGUCCAUCCCCCAUCUAUCCUCCUGUGAACGGGAGGGUGGCACAGGAACAAAGCGGGCCCCAGGCUCCAGCAGCUCCACCUUGGACAGCUUCUUUUUCUUCUUUGAAUUAGGACUGGUGGGGUGGGGGGCAGGGCAGAAGUGGGAACACGUAGGGCCUAGAUUAGGGCAGGCAGUCAGGCAGAAAUGGGCAAGUGCAGGGUCAGAUUCUGUCCUUAUUUAAUAUUUUGUUCAUCACGGACUUUUUUUUGCAUUUAUUUUGAUUUUUAACAUUGCAUUAACGUAGUAUUAUUUGUCCUGAUUGGUGACAUUUUUUGCACCCCGUUGCACAUCUGAGAGGAGGGUGCCACUCCCUCACCCAGGUCCCAGCGCUGGGAACCAGCCUGCAGUGAGCCCUUUGUAGUCUCAUUUCAUCCUCAGAUGGUCCUUCAAGGUAGGUACUUUGUCCCCAUUUUAGAGAUGAGCGACUGAGGCCAGAGGGGUGUGGUGACUUGCCUGGGGGCUCAUAGCACAAAAGGAGCAGAGGCAGGAUCUGACCCUCGGUCUCUGGCCUCAUGGCCCUCACUUUGCCAUGACCUGAAAUUAUGUCCCUACAAAGCAAUGCAUGGUCCAAGGCUCUUCUUAUUGUAUUUUUAUUUUUAAGGGUCCUGUUCAAAACUGGUCUGAGCUCUGAGGAGUCCUGAACCCUGGGCACAGCAUCCAGGCAUCCUGGGAGACUGGGAUUCCUUUUCUGCCCAUGCUGAGCCGGGCUCCUUGAGGGGUGAGGCUGCUGUCUCCGGAAGCCUGACAGCAGCACUCUGUCGGGCUGACCGAGGCUGAGCUCUGUGGGGUGCAGGGCUCCCGGAAUCCCAUUGGCUGGAGGGGCUCCUGUAGCCGGGGAUGUUUACGAGGUCUCUCUGAUGCCUCAGGCACGGGACAUGUGUGCGGUGGAGAAAACCAGGCCCUUUCAGUGCCAGCUCCACUCAAUUUCUAUGUGGACCAAGAACUUCAAACUCAAAAACAUUUUUUUCCUAAGAUAUCUUCAGAAUAUGGUGUAUUUUUAUGUGGAAAAGAAAAGUUAUGACGGCAGCUGUUACUUUAAGAGAAAAUUCAUUAAAAGUCCUCGAGGUAUGAAGAUGACGGCGUGAUCCUCAAUCAUUUUGGCAUAACUUGAUUGUGGCUGUAAUUUUUUUUUGUCAAGCAUGUCAGACAAUAAAGUCUUUGUAAAAAGAGAA